AUGACGCUCAACAAAGUCGCUUCCACCGGGACCGCCCCCGCGGCCGCCGCACUUGACCCAGCCACGGCCACGCAUCUGGAUCUAGACCAAGGCCAUGACGGUUAUUGCACCAGUUACACAGAAUCGACAAUGACGAUCAUGGACAGGACGCCACCGGCAACCGUGUCCACGUACUCGGAUAAAGGUAGCAACAACGACGACGAGUAUGAUGAAAACAACCUCGAACACGAUCCAUCCCUAAGUAGCGAGAAUAUCUCUCGAAGCACCACCACAUCAACCAAGGUCUCCCAAUCUUCACCUUUACCACCUCCUCCGCCCUCACAACGAUUUCUCUGUCCCUGGCCCGGCUCGACAUACAUAAUCCGCACGAUACCCUCAGGCCACAUCCUCGCACUACACGGCGGCGAAGUCACAGUGACCGGCCCCUGCUCCCCCGCCGCCGUGGGCAGCAGUGUGCACUGGACCUGCGAAGAGACCAAAGGGUGGCUGGGCUUCCGCAACGUCGCGUCAGGCAAACUCCUAGGUUACGACGGCCGCAAAGGCAAAGGGGACCGCAACCGCCACGGCCGCCUCGUCUGUGUAGCCCCGCGCCAGCAAAGCUGGGAGAAUUUCGCCCUCCGGCCCCGUCCCGAGGGCGGGUACCUGUUGCUCACCACGCACUUUGAGAGGCUCUGGCGCGUCGGAACGAGACGGUUCGAGCAAGAAACAGGGAAAUCUGGCCGCGGCGAUAGCGGCGGCAAUAAUUCAGAUGAAAUUCUGGCCAAGAUCGACGACGGGGAUCCCAGCGGCGAGGAGAUCAUCUGGGAAUUCAUCAAGGUCUAG